AUUUAAAGCGCUGUGCAAACGUUUUCCGGAGCGUUCUGUGUCCAUCCAUACGCGCAGAAUCAGCAGCGGCAGCAGCAGCAGCGGGAACUCUCAACUCUCACGCGUACAUCAACCAGCAAAUGCAAGAGUAGAGUCGUGGACCCCAAGAAAGUUUGGGGGCGAAAAAAACCCUCCCCACCCCGACAGACGCUGCUGCUGCUGCUGCAGGAGCCCCUCCUCCUCCUCCGCAUCCUCCUCCUCCCCCGUCUCGUAGCCCCGCCGCUAUUUAACCCGCAUCAUGAGCGGACGGAAGCAACCUCAGCAGUCCGAGCCUCCUCCUCCAUCCCAGCAGCAGCAACAACAGCAGCAGCAGCAGGCGGAGAUGCCUGCCACGGAGAAGGACCUGGCGGAAGACGCGCCCUGGAAGAAGAUCCAGCAGAACACGUUCACGCGCUGGUGUAAUGAGCACCUCAAGUGCGUGAACAAGAGGAUUCACGACCUGCAGAAGGACUUGUCCGACGGCUUGCGGCUCAUCGCUCUGCUCGAGGUGCUCAGCCAGAAGAAGAUGUACCGCAAGUACCACGCGCGGCCCACAUUCCGGCAGAUGCAGCUGGAGAACGUGUCCGUGGCCCUCGAGUUCCUGGAGAGGCAGAGCAUCAGGCUGGUGUCCAUAGACAGCAAGGCCAUCGUGGACGGGAACCUGAAGCUGAUCCUGGGCAUGGUGUGGACGCUCAUCCUGCACUACUCCAUCUCCAUGCCCAUGUGGGACGACGAGGACGAGGAGGAGAUGAAGAAGCAGACGCCCAAGCAGCGCCUGCUGGGCUGGAUCCAGAACAAGCUGCCCGACGUCCCCGUCACCAACUUCAGCCGGGACUGGCAGGACGGCCGGGCCCUGGGGGCGCUCGUCGACAGCUGCGCGCCAGGCCUCUGCCCGGACUGGGAGACGUGGGACCCCAGCAGGCCGGUGGAGAACGCCCGUGAAGCGAUGCAGCAGGCCGACGAUUGGCUGGGAGUCGCUCAGGUUAUCGCUCCGGAGGAGAUCGUGGACCCAAAUGUGGACGAGCACUCGGUCAUGACCUACCUGUCGCAGUUCCCCAAGGCCAAGCUCAAGACCGGGGCGCCCCUCCGCCCCAAGCUCAACCCCAAGCGCGCUCGGGCCUAUGGACCAGGCGUGGAGCCCAACGGCAACUACGUGAUGCGGGCGGCCCACUUCACGGUGGAGACCAUCAGUGCCGGCUCGGGAGAGGUCCUCGUCUACGUCGAGGAUCCGGAGGGACACAAGGAGGAGGCCAAAGUAACGACGAACAACGACAAGAACAGGACGUUUUCCGUCGUCUACUUCCCCAGGGUGGCCGGGCCUCAUAAGGUCACGGUGCUAUUUGCAGGACAGCACAUCAACAAGAGCCCGUUUGAGGUGGAGGUAGCGAUGCCCCAAGGGGACCCGGCCAAGGUGACGGCGCGGGGCCCGGGGCUGGAACCCACGGGGAACAUUGCCAACAAGACGACCUACUUCGACAUCUUCACGGCCGGCGCGGGUGUGGGCGACGCGCACGUGGAGGUGGUGGACCCAAGCGGGCAGAAGGACUCGGUGGAGGUGACGGUGGAGGAGAAGGGGGAGAGCGUGUACCGCUGCACCUACCGCCCGCUGCUGGAGGGCACGCACACCAUCCACGUGUACUUCUGUGCCGGCCCCAUUCCCCGCAGCCCCUACUCCGUGCUCAUUGGGGAAGCAUGCAACCCCCUGGCAUGCAGAGCUGUUGGACGGGGCCUGCAGCCCAAGGGGGUCCGAGUGAAGGAGGUGGCGGAGUUCAAGGUUCACACGAAGGGGGCGGGCAGCGGCGACCUCAAGGUCACCAUCAAGGGCCCCAAGGGGGGAGAGGAGGUGGUGAAGCAGAAGGACCUUGGCGACGGCGUGUUCGGCUUCGAGUACUACCCGACGACCGUCGGCAAGUACACCAUCACCGUCACCUGGGGCAACCAGAGCAUCCCACGCAGCCCGUUCGAGGUUAUGGUGGGCAACCCGGCGGGACCGCAGAAGGUCCGUGCGUGGGGGCCGGGCCUGGAGACGGGAGUCGUUGGCAAAGCGGCCAACUUUGUGGUGGAGGCCGUGGGUGGCGACGUCGGCACCCUCGGGUUCUCCAUCGAGGGCCCGUCCCAGGCGCGGAUCGAGUGCGACGACCGCGGCGACGGCUCGUGCGACGUCCGCUACUGGCCCACGGAGCCCGGCGCGUACGCCGUGCACGUGCUGUGCGACGAGGAGGACAUCCUGGAGAGCCCCUUCAUGGCCGAGAUCCAGGCCGCACAGCCCGAGCACCACCCCGAGCUGGUGAAAGCGUUUGGGCCGGGACUGGAGCCCGACGGAAACAUGAUCAACAAGCAGAGCAACUUCACCGUGGACGCCAAGACCGGGGGACCAGGCGCUCUGAAGAUCUACGCCCAGGACGCGGAGGGCCUGCCGAUCGAGGUCCAGUCGAAGGACAACCACGACGGGACCUUCUCGUGCAGCUACAUGCCCCGGCGGUCCAUCAAGCACACGCUCAUCCCCACCUGGGCUGACGUCAGCGUGCCGCUCAGCCCCUUCAGGGUGAAUGUGGGCGAGGGCAGCCACCCGCAGAAGGUCAAGGUGUACGGCCCGGGCGUGGAGAAAACCGGCGUGAAGGCCAACCAGCCCACCUACUUCACCGUGGACUGCGGCCAAGCGGGCCAAGGCGACGUGAGCAUCGGGAUCAAGUGCGCCCCUGGGGUGGUGGGGGCGGCCGAGGCCGACAUUCACUUCGACAUCAUCAAGAACGACAACGACACCUUCACCGUCAAGUAUUCCCCGCCUGGCGCCGGCCGCUACACCAUCAUGGUGCUGUUUGCCGACCAGGAAAUCCCCGUGAGUCCAUUCCGGAUCCGCGUGGAUCCGUCCCACGACGCCAGCAAGGUCAAGGCGGAGGGCCCGGGCCUCAGCAAGGCUGGCGUGGAGACCGGCAAGCCCACUCACUUCACGGUGCACACCAAGGGUGCCGGGAAGGCCCCGCUGGACGUCCAGUUUUCGGGCCUGCCCGGCAUCGCAGAGGAAGCCGUGUCGGACCUGCAGAUCAUCGACAAUCACGACUACUCGCACACCGUGCGCUACACGCCCGUCCAGCAGGGAAACAUGUCCGUCGGGGUCACGUACGGCGGAGACCACAUCCCCAGAAGCCCCUUCCCCGUGGCUGUGGCUCCGCCGCUGGACCUCAGCAAGAUCAAGAUCGAAGGGCUGGACAACAAAAUGGAGGUGAACAAGGACCAGGAGCUGCGCGUGAAUGCGCGGGGAGCGGGCGGCCAGGGCAAGCUGGAGGUGAAGGUGGCCUCUCCGCUGCGCAAGGCCGUGCCCUGCAAAGUGGAGCCCGGCCUCAACAGCGAGAGCUUCGUGGCCAAGUUCAUCCCGCGCGAGGAGGGGCCGCACCGCAUCGACCUCGUCUACGACGGGCACCCCGUGCCGGGCAGCCCCUUCACCAUGGAGGCCCUGCUGCCCGCCAACCCAGACAGGGUGAAAGCUAGCGGCCCGGGCCUGAAGUCGGGGGAGGUGGGCAAACCCGCCUUCACCAUCGACACCAAGGGCGCCGGCAUGGGCGGCCUGGGCCUCACGGUCGAGGGUCCCUGCGAGGCGCAGCUCGAGUGCAGGGACAACGGCGACGGCACCUGCUCCGCCUCGUACCUGCCCACGAUGCCCGGGGAGUACCUCGUCAACAUCCUCUUCGCCGACAAACACAUCCCCGGCUCGCCCUUCAAAGCCGCGGUGAAGCCGAGUGUGGACGCCAGCAAGGUGCGCGCGUCGGGGCCCGGCCUCGAGCGGGGCCUCGUGGGGCAGACGGCCGCCUUCCAGGUGGACUGCUCCGAGGCCGGACCGGCUGAGCUGGAGGUCACGGUGACCCCGGAGAAGGCCGGCCCCGCGCUCGCGGUGCAGGUGAAGGAGACGGAGGACGACAAGUACGACGUGAGCUUCGUGCCGCUGCGCGCCGGCCCGCACACCGUGCAGCUCACGUACGGCGGGCAGCCCGUGCCCAAGUUCCCGGCGCGCAUCCCCGUCGAGGUCGCCGUCGACACCAGCGGCAUCCGAGCCUUCGGCCCGGGCCUCGAAAAAGUGCUGCGGGAGACGGUGGCCGACUUCACGGUGGACGCCCGCUCGGUGGCGCCGAGCGGUGGGGAGCACGUGACGGCGCAGGUGGCGGCGCCCAGCGGCGCCCACAGCGACGCUCGCGUCACCGACAAGAGGGACGGCACUUACGCCGUGGAGUACACGCCCUACGAGGACGGUGCGCACACCGUCGACGUGAUGUACGACGGCGUGCCGAUUCCCAAGAGCCCCUUCCACGUUCCCGUGUCCGAGGGCUGUGACCCGUCGCGCGUCAAGGUGUAUGGGCCUGGCGUGGAGGGAGGCCUCACGCACAAGGCCAACAAGUUCACCAUCGAGACCAGGGGAGCUGGCACGGGGGGACUGGGCCUGGCCAUCGAGGGUCCCUCGGAGGCCAAGAUGAGCUGCAAGGACAACAAGGACGGCAGCUGCCUGGUGGAGUACGUCCCCUACACGCCCGGGGAGUACGACAUCAACGUCACCUACGGGGGACUGCCCGUGCCAGGCUCGCCGUUCUGCGUGCCGGUGUGCGACGUGGUCGACCCCAGCAAGGUGAAGGUGUCGGGUCCCGGCAUCGGGCCAGGGGUCCGGGCCAACAUGCCACAGACGGUCACGGUGAACACCAGCAAGGCCGGCGUGGCGCCGCUGGAGGUCAAGGUUCAGGGCCCUCGAGGCAUCGUGGAGCCCGUGGAGAAGGUGAACAACGGUGACGGGAUGCACACCGUGACGUACACACCCACCCAAGAGGGGCCCUACACGCUGGCCGUGCGCUACGGCGGGGUGGAGGUGCCACGCAGCCCGUUCAAAGUGAAAGUGCUGAAAACGCACGAUGCCAGCAAGGUGAAGGCGAGCGGCCCGGGCCUCAACUCGGCCGGGGUCCCUGCCAGCCUGCCCGUGGAGUUUACCAUCGACGCUCGGGAUGCGGGGGAGGGACUGCUGACCGUGCAGAUAAUGGACCCGGAGGGGCACCCGCGCAAGGCGAACAUCCGCGACAACGGCGACGGCACGUACACCGUGUCCUACAUCCCGGACCUGAUCGGCCGCUACACCAUCACCAUCAAGUACGGCGGCGACGAGAUCCCCUACUCGCCGUACCGCAUCCGCGCCGUCCCCUCCGGAGACGCCAGCAAGUGUCUCGUCACGGUGUCAAUCGGAGGUCACGGCUUAGGCGGCGGCCUGGGCCCGGCGAUUCAGAUCGGCGAGCAGACGGUGAUCACGGUCAACGCCAAGGAUGCCGGCAAGGGCAAGGUGACGUGCCGCGUGUGCACACCCGACGGCGCGGAGCUGGACGUGGACGUGGUGGAGAACCCCGACGGGACCUUCGACAUCUACUUCACGGCCCAGGAGCCCGGUCCCUACAUCAUCGCCAUCCGCUUCGGGGGAGAGCUCAUCCCCAACAGCCCCUUCCGCGUCAUGGCGACAGAGGACGCCAUCGGGCGGGAGCCGCUGCGGCCGUUCAGCCUCGUCAUCCCGUUCGCCGUGCGCAAAGGAGAGAUCACAGGCGAGGUCCACAUGCCGUCGGGUCGCAAGGCCAAGCCGGAGAUAACGGACAACCAGGACGGCACGGUGACCGUCAAGUUUUCUCCCGUGGAGAAGGGCCUCCACGAGAUGGACAUCAAGUACGACGGCAACCACAUCCCAGGCAGCCCGCUGCAGUUCUUCGUGGACGCCAUCGACAGCGGUCACGUGUCGGCUUUCGGACCGGGCCUCAGCCACGGCACGGUGAACAAGCCAGCCUCGUUCACCAUCCACACCAAGGACGCCGGCGAAGGGGGGCUCUCCCUGGCGGUGGAGGGGCCGUCCAAGGCGGACAUCACCUGCCAGGACAACAAGGACGGCACCUGCACGGUGUCGUACCUGCCGACGGCGCCGGGCGACUACAGCAUCGUCGUCAAGUUUGACGACAAGCACAUCUUGGGGAGCCCCUUCACGGCCAAAAUCACCGGCGACGACUCCCUGCGUACGUCGCAGCUGAACGUGGGAACUUCCCAAGACGUCUCCCUGCAGAUCCUGGAGACCGACCUCAGUCAGCUGUCGGCCUCCAUCCUCGCGCCGUCUGGGCGGGAGGAGCCGUGCAUUCUCAAGCGUCUCCACACGGGACACAUCGGAAUAUCGUUCACGCCCAAGGAGAUCGGCGAGCACCAGGUGAGCGUCAAGAAGGGUGGCCGCCACGUGGCCAACAGCCCCUUCACCGUGGUGGUGGGGCCCUCGGAGAUCGGCGACGCGAGCCGCGUGCUCACGUCCGGCGCCGGCCUCGCCGAGGGGCAGACCUUCCAGCUGAGCGAGUUCGCCGUGGACACGCGCAACGCCGGAUAUGGUGGCUUGAGUCUGGCCAUCGAGGGGCCCAGCAAGGUGGACAUUAACUGCGACGACCAAGAGGAUGGGACCUGCAAGGUCUCCUAUUGCCCCACCGAGCCGGGCAACUACAUCGUCAGCAUUAAGUUCGCCGACGAGCACGUGCCAGGAAGUCCGUUCAGCGUGAAGGUGAGCGGCGAGGGCCGCAUGAAGCAGACGGUGACGCGGAGGCAGCAGGCGCCGUCCGUGGCGUCCGUGGGGAGCACUUGCGACGUCGCUCUCAAGAUUCCAGAAAUCGACAAGGCCGAGCUGUCGGCGCAGGUGACGGGCCCGUCGGGCCUGCAGCAGCCGGCCGAGAUCACCGAGAGCGGCGACAGCACCUACUGCGUGCGCUUCGUGCCGCAAGAGACCGGGCCUCACACCGUCAGCGUCAAGUACCACGGGCAGCACGUGCCGGGCAGCCCCUUCCAGUUCACCGUGGGGCCGCUGGGCGAGGGCGGCGCCCACAAGGUGCGGGCGAGCGGCCCGGGACUGGAGAGGGGAGAGACCGGCGUGCCGGCCGAGUUCAGCAUCUGGACGAGGGAGGCGGGGGCCGGGGGACUGUCGCUGGCCGUGGAGGGACCCAGCAAGGCCGACAUCUCCUUCGAAGAUCGCAACGACGGCUCCUGCGGCGUGUCGUACGUGGUGCAGGAACCCGGUGACUACGAGGUGUCGGUGCGGUUCAACGAGGAGCACGUGCCGGACAGCCCCUUCCUGGUGCCCGUCGGCGCCCCCAGCGACGACGCGAGGCGUCUCACCGUCGCCAGCCUGCAGGAGUCAGGGUUAAAGGUCAACCACCCAGCAUCCUUUGCAGUUCAACUGAACGGAGCCAAAGGGGUGAUUGACGCCAAGGUGCACGCACCCUCGGGAGCUGUCGAAGACUGUUUCGUGUCUGAGCUGGAAUCUGACAAGUACGCCAUUCGCUUUAUCCCGCGGGAGAAUGGCGUGCACACGAUAGAGGUGAAGUUCAACGGGACCCACAUCCCAGGGAGUCCCUUUAAGGUUCGUGUCGGCGACCCCGGCCAGACCGGGGACCCUGGGCUCGUCUCUGCGUAUGGACCCGGACUGGAGGGGGGCAUUACCGGGGCGACGCUCGACUUCGUCGUGAACGUGAGCAAGGCGGGACCGGGCGCACUCGCCGUCACCAUCGACGGGCCCUCCAAGGUCAAGCUGGACUGCGUCGAGUGCCCCGAGGGCUACAGGGUCACCUACGUGCCCAUGGCGCCCGGCAACUACCUCAUCACGGUCAAGUACGGGGGACCCCACCACAUCGUGGGCAGCCCCUUCAAGGCCAAGGUCACCGGUCCACGUCUGGCUGGAGGCCACAGCCUUCACGAGACGUCCUCGGUGCUGGUGGAGAGCGUCACGCGCUCGUCCACCGUCAACGCCGUGAGCGCCGGCCUCCCGCGCUUCGCCUCGGACGCCAGCAAGGCGGUGUCGCGAGGCACGGGCCUCGGCAAGGCCUACGUGGGCCAGAAGAACAGCUUCAGCGUCGACUGCAGCAAAGCCGGAAACAACAUGCUGCUGGUGGGAGUGCACGGGCCGCAGACGCCGUGCGAGGAGGUGCACGUGAAGCACAUGGGCAACCGGCACUACAGCGUGACGUACACGGUGAAGGAGCGCGGGGACUACGUGCUCAUCGUGAAGUGGGGCGACGACCACAUCCCCGGCAGCCCCUUCAGGGUCAACGUGCCCUGAGAUGCUCGUCCGCCGUCGUUCUCGCCCACAACUCGAGAACACAAAUGUAUUAGGGAGACCAAAAAAUUACGUACAUGUUCCGCCCCACCCCCCGCCGCACACUAAUAUCUUGACAAAAUGUGACCCGACCAGGCAAAAUGUUGAAACCAAGCGAUUGUUUGGUCGACUGCUCGCUCGUGACACCUACUGACGGUUCAGUGCGGUUGCAGGAUUCCGUCAAAAGUAUCGUCAUGCCAGCGGCAAUGCAUUCGGGGAAACGCACGCCCCGUCAAUUUGUCGUUCAACUCGAGGGCCGAAAAGUCUCGCCUGAAAUAAUUUUGCGUCGCACCGAAAGAUUUCCUUGUUAGGCGGCACGCGCCACGACGCCGUUCCCAGCAAUCCCGCCCUGCAGCGUCGCCACCGAGAGUUGCUCGACGUCGUCCGUGCGCUGCCAAAGCACACCGAGCGGCGGGUACCUCAUCCGCCCAGUUGGGCGCUCUUCUUGUUCGGACGGGGAUGACCGACACGUGACGCGUGCGUGCGCGCGUGCUCACUGUCAUCGCGUUGGCAGCCCCCCACACCCCAACCCCCCUUUUUUCCCCCCGCAUCGCGUUGUAACCUCCGCCACCCGCACGCCGCUUCACGCGAAUCGCCGCGCACAAACACAAAUGAUGUAUUUAAAAAAAAAAGUGAAUGCGACCCAGUUUCUUCUCACGUUUCUUGGUUUUUGUUGUUGUUGUUCGUAAUCGACACUCAACACGACUGUACGCCCCCCGCGCACAUGCGUGCCCGCACGGUCAUAAACUGCUCGCAUGAAGGAAGGGACGUAGUCGUCCGGACCCAGUCGCUGCCAGGGACUUAAGCUACCUUUCCGUUUUCAUUCGGCCGCGUCAAAAUCCCCCGCCAAUCAACCGUCUCUGCUGAGACCGACUCAUCGCGUUUUCCGCCCCCCGCUUAAGAUUUGUUGCACCGCCUUGUUCUGCUCGCGUCUCGGUCGAUCGGCAGCUCGCGGGUCCGGGGAGGGGGUCCGGGGAGGGGGGCCGGGGGGAAUAAAGCGUGGGCCACUCCCCACCUCUUUCCACGAACUUGGGGAAGAGUAAGCCCCCCCCACGCCACGGAUGCAAUCCACAGGGCCUCUCUCAGAGCUCUGGGCGAGUGGCGGGCCCCCUUCCGCCAGCGUUUGGCGCCAGCGAGCACUUGCAGGGCUGCUCAUUUACCUCCUCGAGCUGCUUCGUAGCGCGACGCCUACGGCGCACGGGACUGCCACGACCGAUCGGCCGACUCGGUGGAUAGCCCGAGCACACGCUCACUAAGUUCAUUCGCAGGUGCCCAGUGCGUUUGUCCUCACCGCGCCAACGGCCUUCACGUUGUUGCGCCACGCGGAUAGAGCGCGCCGUUUGACGCCCGGAUUUUGCCGAGCCUUGUGCGCCGAGGGCAGGAAAUGACACUUCUAUACAGGAUAGUUCUGUUUGCGUUGCAUUUUAUACUUUACGUGCCUGUUUUGCAUCCUUUCAAGUAUCGCUUCAUAUUAUAAAUACUGCUAGGCUAAUAAACAACGCUUAAUUUUG